ACAAUCUGCUGAGAGUCAUCAAUUAUGCAGCGGAGCCGCGCGCACCGGGAAGGGAGAUAGCAGCAACAAUAUGGCGACAGCCGCAGUCACUCUCGACUCUUUUCCACAUCUGCACUUCAGUGACAUCUUUCUGGAUUUCUUUUAAUACGAGAAAAAAUCAGGGUCCCGGGGAUGCAGAGCCAAUAGAGUGCCUCUAGCUGCAGGAUGAAAACAUGGCUGCUCCCAUUAUGGCACCCCCAGGCCCGGACAGCUUCAAGAAGUUCACUCCCGAAUCGCUCGCUAACAUCGAGAAGCGCAUCCUAGAGGAGAAGAACAAGAAGCCGCCCAAGCCCCGAUCGGACAGCAGCCACCGCGACGCCGACGACGAGAAUGAACGCAAACCCAACAGCGACCUGGAGGCCGAGAGCGUCCCGUUCAUCUACGGCGACGUGCCCAAGGGCAUGUUCGCCAUUCCGCUCCAGGACCUCGACCCCUACUACAUCAACGAGAAAGUAAGAGAGACCAGCUGUCUGUUCUGUUUGGCGGGGCGCGGAGGGUUGAUGUUAGGUGUGGUUGUGUUUCUCUCCCUUUUCUCCCCCCUGGUUGGACAGGCGUUUCUCUUUCUCUCUCUCUCUCUCUCUCUCUCUCUCUCUCUCUCUCUCUCUCUCUCUCUCUCUCUCUCUCUCUCUCUCUCUCUCUCUCUCUCUCUCUCUCUCUCUCUCUCUCUCUCUCUCUCUCUCUCUUCUCCCCCCCCCCCCCCCAACGUGGUGUUUCCCUCCCGGUCUCCGGUGACGGUGGUGGUGCUGGUGGUGACGGUGGUGGUUGUUGUAACCUUGUACACACGUGCGUACGUGUGCGUGCAUGUGUCCGUGGCGUUGCGUGUCAUGGUCUCUGUUCUGUGUCCCCCACCCCGUUGCAGAUAUGUAACAGAGUUUGUGGACCUGGGGAAUGUCUCGGCGCUGAGAACGUUCAGGGUUCUCCGGGCCUUGAAAACUAUUUCUGUAAUUCCAGGCCUGAAGACCAUUGUGGGAGCCCUGAUCCAGUCGGUGAAGAAGCUUUCAGACGUGAUGAUCCUGACCGUCUUCUGUCUCAGCGUGUUCGCCUUAAUUGGGCUGCAGCUCUUCAUGGGGAACCUACGACACAAAUGUGUGUUCUGGCCCAUCAACAUGUCAGAGGCAUUCCCAAACGGCAGCAACUUCGACUGGGAUGAUUAUAUCAUGAACAGGACCAAUUUCUACUUCCUGCCCAACCAACUGGAUGCCCUGAUAUGUGGAAACAGCUCUGAUGCUGGGCGUUGCCCUGAGGGCUACACCUGUAUGAAGGCGGGCAGGAACCCCAACUAUGGCUACACCAGCUUCGACAGCUUCGGCUGGGCCUUCCUCACCCUCUUCCGACUCAUGACCCAGGACUUCUGGGAGAAUCUCUACAUGCUGACGCUGCGUGCUGCGGGUAAGACCUACAUGAUCUUCUUCGUGCUGGUGAUCUUCGUGGGCUCCUUCUACCUGGUGAACCUGAUCCUGGCCGUGGUGGCCAUGGCGUAUGAGGAGCAGAACCAGGCCACCAUAGAGGAGGCGGAGCAGAAGGAGGCUGAGUUCAAGGCCAUGCUGGAGCAGCUGAAGAAGCAGCAGGAGGAGACUCAGGCCGCUGCCAUGGCAACGUCGGCGGGCACGGUGUCGGAGCCGGCGCUGGAUGAAGAGGGGGGGGGCCAGCUGUCACGCAGCUCCUCGGAGGUCUCCAAGCUCAGCUCCAAGAGCGCCAAGGAGCGCCGCAACCGCAAGAAGAAGUGGCGGCAGAAGGAGCAGGAGAAGGAGAAGGGCGACAGCGAGAAGGUGGUGAAGAGCGAGUCGGACGACGGCAGCAAGAGGAGCGGCCUGCGCUUCCCCGGCAGCCGGCUGGGACGCAAGGCCUCCAUCAUGAACCAGUCUCUCCUCAGCAUCCCCGGCUCGCCCUUCAUGUCGCGCCACAACAGCCGCAGCAGCAUCUUCAGCUUCAAGGGCCGCUCCAAGGACGCCGGCUCGGAGAACGAGUUCGCCGACGACGAGCACAGCACGGUGGAGGAGAGCGAGGACCGCCGCGGCUCCCUCUUCAUCCCCUACCGCCGCAACAGCUACAGCGGCUACAGCCAGGGCUCCUCGCGCAUCCACCCGCUGGCGCCGCACACGGGCGGCAAGAGGAACAGCACGGUGGACUGCAACGGCGUGGUGUCGCUCAUCGGCCCCGGGCCAGGCGGCCGGCUCCUGCCUGAGACCACAGAGGUGGAGGUGAAGAAGAAGCACUCUGGGUCCCUGAUGGUGUCCGUGGACCAGCUCAACUGCUCCUUCAAGGGGAAGGACCGCGCCAACAGCCAGAUGAGCGUGGUCACCAACACACUGAUGGAGGAGCUGGAGGAGUCUCAGCGGAGUUGUCCACCUUGCUGGUACAAGUUUGCGAACAUGUUCCUCAUCUGGGAGUGCUUCCCUCUCUGGCUGAAGAUCAAGCACAUAACGUACCUCAUCGUCAUGGACCCCUUCGUGGACCUGGCUAUCACCAUCUGCAUUGUGCUCAACACACUCUUCAUGGCCAUGGAGCACUACCCCAUGACCCCUCACUUUGAGGAGGUGCUGUCCGUUGGAAACCUGGUGUUCACGGGGAUCUUCGCGGCGGAGAUGUUUGCCAAGCUGGUUGCCAUGGAUCCCUACUACUACUUUCAGGAGGGCUGGAACAUCUUUGACGGCUUCAUCGUGACCCUGAGUUUAGUGGAGCUGGGAUUGGCUGACGUGGAGGGUCUGUCUGUGCUGCGAUCCUUCCGAUUGCUGAGAGUGUUCAAGCUGGCCAAGUCGUGGCCGACCCUCAACAUGCUGAUCAAGAUCAUCGGUAACUCGGUGGGCGCCCUGGGGAACCUGACCCUGGUGCUGGCCAUCAUCGUCUUCAUCUUCGCCGUGGUGGGCAUGCAGCUCUUCGGCAAGAGCUACAAGGACUGCGUGUGCAAGAUCGCCGAGGACUGCGUGCUGCCGCGCUGGCACAUGCACGACUUCUUCCACUCCUUCCUCAUCGUGUUCCGCGUGCUGUGCGGCGAGUGGAUCGAGACCAUGUGGGACUGCAUGGAGGUGGCGGGCCAGACCAUGUGCCUCACCGUCUUCAUGAUGGUCAUGGUCAUCGGCAACCUGGUGGUGCUGAAUCUGUUCCUUGCCCUGCUGCUGAGUUCCUUCAGCGCAGACAACUUGGCCGCCACGGACGACGACGGCGAGCCCAACAACCUGCAGCUGGCCAUGGCGCGCAUGAAGAUCGGCAUCGCCUGGUUCAAGGUCCACAUGCGCAUCCUCAUGGCCCACAUCCUCAAGAAGCCGCUGGAGGACGAGCAGAAGCCCCUGGACGACAUGUACGACAAGAAGCUGAACUGCAUCGCCAACCACACGGGCGUGGAGAUCAACCGCGAGCUGGACUACGCCAAAAACGGCAACGGCACCACCAGUGGCAUCGGCAGCAGCGUGGGCAAGUACAUGAUCGACGAGGACUACAUGUCCUUCAUCCACAACCCCAACCUCACCGUGUGCGUGCCCAUCGCCGUGGGCGAGUCGGACUUCGAGAACCUCAACACGGAGGACUUCAGCAGCGAGUCGGACGUGGAGAACAGCAAAGACCUGGACGACACCAGCUCGUGAGGCAGCACCAUCGACAUCAAGCCCGACCUGGAGGAGGUGGCGCAGGUGGAGGUGGUGGAGGAGUACCUGGACCCGGACGCCUGCUGGACCGACGAAUGCAUCGCCAAGUACAAGUGCUGCGACGUGCCCAUCACCCACGGCUGGGGCAAACACUGGUGGUUCCUGAGGAAGACCUGCUACCUGAUCGUGGAGCACAACUGGUUCGAGACCCUCAUCAUCUUCAUGAUCCUGCUCAGUAGUGGAGCUCUGGCCUUCGAGGACGUGUACAUCGAGCAGAGGAAGACCAUCAAGAUCAUCCUGGAGUACGCCGACCGCGUCUUCACCUACAUCUUCAUCCUGGAGAUGCUGCUCAAGUGGGUGGCCUACGGCUUCGUCAAGUACUUCACCAACGCAUGGUGCUGGCUGGACUUCUUCAUCGUGGACGUGUCCAUUGUGAGCUUGAUAGCGAAUGCGUUGGGCUACUCCGAUCUGGGACCAAUCAAAUCGCUCAGGACUCUGAGAGCUCUGAGGCCCCUGAGGGCCCUCUCACGUUUCGAGGGGAUGAGGGUGGUGGUGAACGCGCUGGUGGGCGCCAUCCCCUCCAUCAUGAACGUGCUGCUGGUGUGCCUCAUCUUCUGGCUGAUCUUCAGCAUCAUGGGCGUCAACCUGUUUGCGGGGAAGUACUACUUCUGCUACAACGAGACGGCGGAGGCUAUGUUCCUGCCCCACGAGGUCAACAACAAGACCGAGUGCUUGGCCUUCAUCAACGCCAACUACACCAACGUGCGCUGGAAAAACGUCAAGAUCAACUUCGACAACGUGGGGGCCGGCUACCUCGCCCUGCUGCAAGUGGCCACCUUCAAAGGCUGGAUGGACAUCAUGUACGCAGCGAUAGACUCCAGAAAGGUGGAGGACCAGCCCAUCUACGAAGACAACCUGUAUAUGUACGUCUACUUUGUGGUCUUCAUCAUCUUCGGAUCCUUCUUCACCCUCAACCUCUUCAUCGGUGUCAUCAUCGACAACUUCAAUCAACAGAAGAAAAAGUUUGGAGGUCAGGAUAUCUUCAUGACAGAGGAGCAGAAGAAAUACUACAAUGCCAUGAAGAAGUUAGGAUCCAAGAAACCGCAGAAACCGAUACCCAGGCCACUGAACGCUUUCCAGGGCAUGGUGUUUGACUUCGUGACGCAACAGGUCUUUGACAUCUCCAUCAUGAUCCUCAUCUGCCUCAACAUGGUCACCAUGAUGGUGGAGACGGACGACCAGACGGACGAGACGGAGCACAUCCUCUACUGGGUCAACUUCGUGUUCAUUGUGGCCUUCACCACCGAGUUCGUCCUCAAGCUGUUCGCGCUGAGGCACUACUACUUCACCAUCGGCUGGAACGUGUUCGACGUGGUGGUCGUCAUCCUCUCCGUCGUGGGGAUGUUUCUGGCGGAGUUGAUCGAGAAGUACUUUGUCUCGCCGACCCUGUUCAGGGUGAUCCGACUGGCCCGUAUCGGCAGAAUCCUCCGCCUCAUCAAAGGAGCCAAGGGCAUCAGGACUCUGUUGUUUGCCCUGAUGAUGUCCCUGCCCGCCCUGUUCAACAUCGGCCUCCUGCUCUUCCUGGUCAUGUUCAUCUUCUCCAUCUUCGGCAUGUCUAACUUUGGCUACGUGAAACACGGGGCCGGAAUCGACGACAUGUACAACUUUGAGACCUUCGGCAACAGCAUGAUCUGCUUGUUCAUGAUCACCACCUCGGCGGGCUGGGACGGCCUGCUGCUGCCCAUCCUCAACUACCCCCCGGACUGCGACCCCACCCUGGAGAACGCCGGCACCCCGGCCACGGGCGACUGCGGAAACCCCUCGGUGGGCAUCUUCUUCUUCGUCAUGUACAUCAUCAUCUCCUUCCUCAUCGUGGUCAACAUGUACAUCGCCAUCAUCCUGGAGAACUUCAGCGUGGCCACCGAGGAGAGCGCCGACCCGCUCAGCGAGGACGACUUCGAGACCUUCUACGAGAUCUGGGAGAAGUUCGACCCGGACGCCUCGCAGUUCAUCACCUACUCCAAGCUGUCCGACUUCGCGGACUCCCUGGACCAACCGCUGCGCGUGUCCAAGCCCAACACCAUCGAGCUGAUCGCCAUGGACAUGCCCAUGGUGAGCGGCGACCGCAUCCACUGCCUGGACAUCCUGUUUGCCUUCACCAAGCGCGUGCUGGGCGACAGCGGCGAGCUGGACAUGCUGCGGCAGCAGAUGGAGGAGCGCUUUGUGGCGGCCAACCCGUCCAAGGUGUCCUACGAGCCCAUCACCACCACCCUGAGGCGCAAGCAGGAGGACGUGUCGGCCAAGAUCAUCCAGAGGGCCUACCGCUCCUACCUGGCGCGGCGCGGCUUUGUGUGCAAGCGGAAGCAGGCCAACAAUAAGGUGGAGAACGGCGGGACCAAUCAGGAUCAUGAAAAGAAGGAGGGCACGCCCUCCACAGGCUCGCUGCCCUCCUAUGACAGUGUAACCAAACCUGACAAGGAGAAGCAGGACGACAACCAGGAGGGCCGGGGAGGACGGAAAGAGAAGGGAAGGAACCAGAAAGACGUCAGGGAAUCUAAAUGUUAGAGCUUUGGAGUAAUAAUCCCAACAAUAACAAUAAUAAUUAUAAUAAUGUAACUUCAAGCAAAGCGAGAGGAAACCAUCUAACCCACACAGAUGUACAGAUUAUUUCAUUUGCAAGUAAGAAAAAGAAAAUUAUUCAAUAAUUUUGUUUACAGACUUCAUUCUUGUAUCGACGCAGAGAGAGCCCGCCUGAUCGGGCGCAGCUUAAAGACACUUGAACUCAAGGCCGCCCAGACAUAAUCAGCGUACCGUGCCACGGCGUUGCAUCUGCACUACUGAUCAAAAAACAAUAAGGGAAUGAAAAAAAAAAAAAAAAGACUAAA